UCAUUUGCUCUCGUUUUUAGAUAUAAUGACUUCGAACCUUGGGUUCUUUAAUUUAAUGGACAACUUUUUGCCAUCAGAUAAGUGUUUACUAGUGAAUGACUUAGGGUGUACUUCUUAUAGUACCAGUGUUUCUUGUCCAAAUUCAUCUUGCCUUUGUGUCACUGAGGAUCUACAGCUGAUGGAACAGCAUUAUGCAACUUGUCAUCAUCAUUCAUGUUCACUCUGUGGUUUAAGUUUUAUAUCUUCACGGAUUCUUUCGAUACAUGAACAAAUUGCACAUUGUGGAGCUUUUAAACCAAAGCUGGACUGUUUUCUCGUUGUAUGUCCUCAAAAGUUCUGUGACUCUGCCGAACUUUUCGCACAUGCUUAUGAUUGCCAUGGGCUUCUUCCUGACUCGUCAGUGCUUAUAGGUACAAUGAUAAGUGUCGAAAAUCUCAAUUCCAAUAAAAUUGUAAGAACAUUUUAUAUAAUCCUUGUAUUGAAUACAUUUAAUAGCUUUUCUCUUAAUAACAGUUUUUCAAUUAACCGGUUUUUUUUCGUUUCGCAAAAAUAAACUAAAAAUUAAUUAGCUAAGUAGAUAAAAAUGGGUGUUACUCUGUCCAGCGUUAGGUUAAACAUCAGGUAGGAUUUAUCCCACUAGUUGUUUAAUGUAAAUAUUACAUGACGCGCAGACGAAAACGUGUGAGUGCGAGUUGUAAUGUACACUAUAACAUUACGAGUAGAUAGAAUAUAAAAAUGAUGCACGAAGUGCAUUAGUACGAACGAACAAAACUAUCAAGUUCGAAAACUUCCAUACAGAUCGAUUUUGACAAAGCAUGUCGCAUUAGUGUGUAAUAAGUAAUAAGUAUUUGCAUAGUAAUCAUCAAUCUGUAGAAAAUAAAACAAUUGGUAAAAUGCAUUGAGAACAUAAACAACCUUCUGUCAAACUAACUACCGGUAAAAUUUCGUAUCACUUAAUUGCAAUACAUUUUCAGAGAUAUCUCAAGUUGUGUUCCAACGACCUGAUAAU